GGAUUUUAUUGUGCUUAGAUCUCGAUUCUAGCUGGAGACCUCGGACUUUUUAAUGAUGCUCCAGGAAUUGAAAUAGUCUAAUAAAUUUAAGGGAAUCGUAUUUUAGUGAAUAUGUGUGGGCAACAUUUUGGAGUUCCAUUUAUUUUCAAGAUUUUGAGCUUGAACGCUACUUGCGAUUCUGAUUCAAAGACGGAGUCAGAUGACUUGAUUUUUGGUCCCGGCCCUGCCAAUUAUUAGAUGUCACAAUAACCAGUCAGUUAACAUUUAUUAAGCAUCUCCUGUGUACAAGACACUGUGCUAAGCCCUGGGGACACAAAUAUAAGAUUUCUUCUUCUGUUAAAGGAGAAAAGGUUGGAUUAGAUGACAAAGAUUUCUUUCAGCUUUCAUUCUGUGAUCCCAUGAACCAUGUCUGACAUUUAUAUACUGUUAAAGUUGACAAUGAAUUUUCCAUACAUUAUUAACUCACAGAACAUUCCCACUGCCCUUGAGCCACUCCUUCUUCCACACUGACUCACUUCCCACUUCUCCCUGUAUGGUAUAGAUACUAUAAUUGGCUUUCAGAACUUCCCCAGGAACUGUCCCAGUGGCAUCUAAAUACAGUGGCAAGAUAUAGAUCAGCAAGACUGGAGAUGGCUCUGGAUGCAAUGGGAGACCUUGGCCUUUUUAAGUUAAUCUCUUUCCCACAUCUCAGUUUGACUGAGGUAAUACCUAUUUAAUCAGUGAUUAAGGCUAGGUAAGAACUGAGACAAAAAUAGCCUCUUUUAAGUAGUCAAAAAAAAUCAACCAGGGAGAGAAGACCUCAGGAUUUUUUUUUUGAUGAAAAUUCAUAAAAUUUCUAUUUACAUCCACCCUGAGUCAUCAGGCCCCAGCAAUGACCAAGUGAGACUUGGAUUUGGACCUGCUGAUGGCCAAAGAGAGCCAGAAUGAUUUGGGCUUAAAGCAUGCUCCUUAAGAAAGAAAUCUAGUCCAUAAACUCCAAGAUAUCUUGAGAGGUUUAUUUCAUUGAUCAACAUUUACAUUUCUUUGGCUAAAAUAAAGAGAACCCUGGACUUAGAAUUAUGAGUGUCUGAGUUAAAAUACAAUUUUAAGUAAUGAUUAAAAGUGUGAUCUUGCACAAAUCAUUUCUCAGGGCCUCAAUUUUCUCAUUUAUACAUGGAGAUAUUAAUAGUCAUUGGGUUAUUAUAAAGAUCAAACUGGGAAUGAAUAAAAGGCAUUUUAACACAUCAAAAGUUAAAUAGAUUAAUAUCUCUUAUUAAAUUAAAAUAUUAUUAUUUUUAGUAGUAGUAGUAGUAGUAGUAGUAGCAGCAUCAACAAUAACUAAGUACACUACCUGGCACAUAGUAGGUAUUUAGUCAAUGUUUAUUCAUUGAUUGGUUGUAGCAACUGCAGCAGUAAAUACUAGAUAUUGUUAGUUAUUUAAAGGGAACGAGGAGCAGCAUGAUAUAGUAAAUAAUGACUGAGAAAGAAUCAGGAAGACUGAGUUCACUUCUGACCUCUGACAAACAACAGUUGUGUAAUCUUUGGCAAAUUAGUUUACCUCUGUCUCUAUCUCUCUGUGUCUCUGUCUCUCUGUCUGUCUCAUUGUCUGUCUAUCUGUCUUGUUUAAUCAGACAUUUCUCAAGUCCUCAGUGCUACAAUAGUGCAGAUCCCCAUUCUUCCUCCUGGAAGAUAAAUCACAGAUUUGUUCCAAGAAAAAAAAAUAUCCCUAAAAGUGGGGACUUGUGGGUGCAAAUUCUGCAUUAUACCCUCGUGCCUUCCUGUCAUCCCUUUUGAUGUCCUACAAGGGCUUGGAGAUCCAGGACUCUGGUUCGUCUUCUUCCUCACUGUUAUCUGGCUUUGUCUCGCCCUUACUCAGCAGGCACACAGCAGCUAUCUUGUCCCUGGGUUUUAAUUGGCAAAGCCCCAGAGGAAGACUCUUCUCAGCCAGGGACCUGAGUUAUGGAAUUUUCUACAUCCGGAAACUUGGCUCAUUUCCAGGGCAGAGCGAUUUCUCCACAAAUGAGCCGCCAAUCUUUUCCUGGUGAUCCUCAGAACAAAGGCACCCCUAAAUUGGAUCUCCCCCCACACCUUUCGACCCAGCGUCUGUAUGUUUGCCCGGAGGCAGAAGCACAGUAAGAUCCCUGUUCCUCUUCCCCUUCCUCCUCCUCCUCUUCCUUUUUGUCUUCCUCCUCCUCCUCCUUUUUGAAAAGAUUCUCCUUAGAACUGAGUGACUACAGAGUCCCAGGGCUUCGUAGUAACAGGAAAGCUGCCUCCGUCACUUCUGCCUGCCUUCCAUACCAGAUGGGGUGGCUGGUCGCGAGCAGCUGUUGGCUCAACAGAGAAUGCACAGCUUGAUCAACUCAGUGGAAGUGAAGUCAGAGGUUCCUGUGACCCUGGACCCCGUCUCCCCCCUGGACCUGAGGACGGAUCUCAGAAUGAUGAUGCCCAUGGUAGACCCCGUGCUCCGGGAGAAGCAGCUGCAGCAGGAACUGCUCCUCAUCCAGCAGCAGCAACACCUGCAGAAGCAGCUGCUCAUCGCCGAGUUCCAGAAGCAGCAUGAAAACCUGACGAGGCAGCACCAGGCUCAGCUCCAGGAGCACAUCAAGUUGCAACAGGAACUUCUAGCUAUAAAGCAGCAACAGGAACUUCUGGAGAAGGAACAGAAAUUGGAGCAGCAGCGUCAGGAGCAGGAGGUGGAGAGACACCGGCGGGAGCAGCAGCAGCUUCCCCCUCUCCGAGGCAAGGAGAGAGGGCGAGAAAGAGCUGUGGCCAGCACCGAGGUGAAGCAGAAACUUCAGGAGUUCCUGCUGAGCAAGUCGGCCACCAAGGACUCUCCCACCAACGGAAAGAACCAUUCCGUGAGCCGCCACCCCAAGCUCUGGUACACGGCGGCUCACCACACCUCCCUAGAUCAAAGCUCUCCACCUUUGAGCGGAACCUCGCCGUCCUACAAAUACCCGCUGCCUGGAGCCCAAGACACCAAGGAUGACUUCCCACUGCGCAAAACUGCCUCAGAGCCCAACUUGAAGGUGCGAUCCCGAUUAAAACAGAAAGUGACAGAGAGGAGAAGCAGCCCCUUACUCAGGCGGAAGGAUGGAAAUGUUGUCACUUCAUUCAAGAAACGAGUGUUUGAGGUGACAGAGUCCUCGGUCAGCAGCAGCUCUCCCGGAUCUGGCCCCAGCUCGCCCAGCAAUGGGCCUUCCACCAACAUGGCAGAAAGCAGUGAGACGCUGCUCAUCCCGCCUGCUCCACACCCAGAGCAAAUUGUUUCCCAGCAGCGUCUUCUGAUUCAUGAAGAGUCUAUGAAUCUUCUAAGCCUCUAUCCAUCCCCGUCUUUGCCCAACAUUACUCUGGGUCUCCCUGCUGUGCCAUCUCAGCUCAGUGCUUCAUCUUCGAUCAAAGACAAACAGAAGUGCGAGGCCCCAGCACUGAGGCCGCCGGGAGUUACAUUGCCGGGGCAAUAUACGGGAAGCAUCCCGGCAUCUUCGAGUCAUCCCCACUCUGCUCUGGAAGGAAAACCCAACAGCAGCCAUCAGGCGCUUCUGCAGCACUUGUUACUGAAGGAGCAGAUGAGGCAACAGAAGCUGCUUGUGGCUGGUGGGGUUCCUCUCCAUCCUCAGUCCCCCCUGGCAACGAAGGAGAGAGUAUCACCUGGCCUCCGAGGUGCCCACAAGUUACCUCGCCACAGGCCCCUGAACCGUACCCAGUCUGCCCCUUUGCCUCAGAGCACGUUGGCCCAGUUGGUCAUUCAGCAGCAGCACCAGCAGUUCCUGGAGAAACAGAAACAGUACCAGCAGCAGGUCCACAUGAACAAACCGUUCUUGGAGGCCCAGCCCGGGCACGCGCUCCCGACGUACCAAGCUCCGCUGGCAGCCGUGGGAGCAGAAGCCUUUGACCAGCACCUACUGAUCUCCAGGACCCGCUCGUCCCCCGCGGUCCCCACGGUGCCUCGUCCAGCGAUGGAUCCGAGCCUCCAACGUGCCUCUGAGACUGGCGUGGUGUACGACGCUCUGAUGCUGAAACACCAGUGCAUCUGCGGCCGCUCUGCCCUUCAUCCCGAGCACGCUGGGAGAAUCCAGAGCAUCUGGUCACGUCUGCAAGAAACGGGGCUCCUGAGCAAGUGUGAGAGGAUCCAAGGUCGAAAAGCUUCUCUAGAAGAAUUGCACCUGGUCCAUUCUGAUCAUCAUUCUCUUCUAUAUGGCACUGACCCUUUGAGCAGACAGAAGCUGGACCCCAGGAUGCUCCAAGGGCCCACAUCUCAGAAGGCCUUCUCCUUGCUGCCUUGUGGUGGACUUGGGGUGGACAGUGACACCAUUUGGAACGAGCUGCACUCGGCUGCCGCUGCACGCAUGGCUGUUGGCUGUGUCAUCGAGCUGGCUUCCAAAGUGGUCUCAGGAGAGCUGAAGAAUGGGUUUGCUGUUGUAAGGCCCCCAGGCCAUCAUGCUGAAGAGUCAACAGCCAUGGGGUUCUGCUUUUUUAAUUCGGUGGCAAUUACUGCCAAAUACUUGCGAGAGCAGCUCAAUGUAGGCAAGAUAUUGAUUGUAGACCUGGAUGUCCACCAUGGGAACGGUACCCAGCAGGCUUUUUACGCUGACCCCAGCAUCCUGUACAUUUCCCUCCAUCGCUAUGAUGAAGGCAACUUCUUCCCCGGGAGUGGAGCCCCAAAUGAGGUUGGAAGUGGCCUUGGAGAGGGAUAUAAUGUGAAUAUUGCCUGGACAGGUGGCCUGGACCCCCCCAUGGGAGAUGUGGAGUACCUUGCAGCGUUCAGAACUGUCGUGAUGCCCAUUGCCAGAGAAUUUGGACCAGAUAUAGUUCUUGUUUCCGCGGGCUUUGAUGCUGUGGAAGGCCACGCCCCUCCACUGGGUGGGUACAAGGUAACAGCGAAAUGUUUUGGGAAUUUGACAAGGCAACUAAUGCAGGUGGCUGAUGGACAUGUAGUGAUGGCUCUGGAGGGAGGACAUGAUCUCACUGCCAUUUGUGAUGCAUCAGAAGCCUGUGUGAAUGCCCUGCUAGAAAAUGAGCUGGAUCCUGUCCCAGAAGAUGUUCUGCACCAAACUCCAAAUAGAAAUGCCAUUAUUUCUCUACAAAAGACCACGGAAAUUCAAAGUAAGUACUGGAAGUCAGUGGAGAGGUUUUCAGGUUGUGCUCUGACUGGAACUCAGGAACAAGAACAAGAGGAAACAGAGACUGUCUCUGCCCUGGCUUCUCUGUCUGUGGAUGUGGACCAGUGCUUUGCUAAGGAAGACAGCAGACCUGCUGGCGAGCCCAUGGAUGAAGAUCCAGCCCUGUGAAGUGCCAAGUUCCCCCUCCCUGGUAUUUCCUGUGUGUGACAUCAUUGUGUAUCUCCCCACCCCCAACCCCCAACCAAGCACCCUCAGACAUGUCUUGUCUGCUGCCUGGGUGGCACAGAUCGAAUGGAAUAUAAACACUGGGCACGGAGCACACACAGCAGCUUCACUUGUCCCCUGGCCGGACUUGAAAGGCCCCGAAAGAUUCCUCCAGUGUAACCACUCUGACUCUAAGGUUACAGGCGACCGUCCUGGGGAGGGAUGGCCUCCGACAUGUGGGCCCUAAAUGUGCUGGGCUACCGGCAGAGGGAACAGGGGCCUGGGCUAGCCCACGGACUCGGCGCUCUCCACAUCCUAGAGACGGGGAUAGCCCUAACGGCGUUCUUUCAGACAUGCUGAAUUGGUUUCGAUGGGCUAAUUUUUUUCACAUGGUUUUAAAUUGUGUACAGGAUUUGUUUUCAACUCUGAGCAAACAAGAUAACAUAUUGUACCUUUGUUUUUACACCCUCGCAAAUUCUAGCAAGUGAGAGGUCAAAAUUUUCGAGAAAUGGGGUGAGGGCAUCUUUAGCCUGAAAGCAAGUGCUACCUCCUUCAAAGUCCAGGUCCCCAAGGCGGUGGCUUUGUGGUAGGGCUCAAUUUGGGGUUUUCUUUUUUGAUUAUGCAUGAAAAAAAAUGUUUUUGGAGAAUGGAAUCUCUGUUUCACUCAUAUCCCAUUCGAGGUUCUCACAGAUGGCAGGGCUCUGGUUUCUUUGGUGGCUGGAAGCCUCUUCCCAUUUAUUAAGAAUCCCUCAUUCUUCCAGUGACAAUCCUUUUGAGUCUCUGGUCCACAGGGACUCACAUUUCCUUUGAAAGAAUAAUUUUUCUAAGAUGCCCAUACUUUACUCCGCAAAUUUUGCUGAGCCCACAUAUUUCCAGCUGGCUGUAUUUUCCCCAUAUGAGCACCUUUUUGGCUCAGAUAUUUCUUAGAUUACAUUUCUAGUUUAAGGUAAUUACUGGGCUUGAUUAUUAUAUUGUUUUCUCAAAUGAGAGUCCAUAGGUUGAGCAUUGUUUAUAAAACUUGGGAGGAUUUAGAUGAGAGAUUUGUUGUUGUUUUUUUUUUUUAAUCAUUGAAAUGUAUCAUUAUUUACAAAAUAGCAUCAGCUACUUGAUUUCAUAUCGGUUAGUAUUAAGUGAGAGCUGUGCCUUUAACCAGUAGUGGACCCUUGACCUUUCCACAUGUUGCCUUAUGGUCAGAAGGUUUAAAAAAAAUUGGAAAUUCAUUUUCUGAGUUCAAAAUCAACUCAUAUUGUGGUAUGGAGGAUAAGUUUUUUUUUUUCAGUAUUCUAUUUUCAUGGGCAGCUCAAUCACCUAAAACAUCUGAGGCGAAAUAUUACCAUCCAGGAUUCUUCUUGCUGUAUUUAAUACCGAGCAUUGCUUUGGAAACCUAUUGGUAUUCUUUUUGUUAAAUAUAUAUUUUCCUAACUCAAAGGAUAUAUUAAAGCAAUAAGUGAAGAUUGUCAUGCUUUUAUUCAGAAAUCUAAAAGGAACCUUAAUUUAAACAAGGUUUGAGGGAAGGCCAUGCUCUGAAAGAUAUGCAGCAAUGUGGUUUGAGUUAGAGAGGGCUCAAACCUGUAAAUCAAAGAUGAAAGGUUUCACUCAUGGAGAAUUAUAUAACUCUCUUUUGUUAUAGUCAGACUCUAUUUUUCAUGUGUUGGUGUGGGUUUUUUUAGGAUUACUAUUUUAAUUUUAAAGACUUUUAUUACAUAUACAAAAACUGCCGGAUACUUGGUUUAACAUCUUAGAAAUCCGAGCCACCCUUUGAAAUGGGUAAUCUGAAAGGGAAUGUAGCUCUGCAUUAGGUAAAAAUGGAUUUAUAUUUUUGGGAAGGCGAAGGUUAAUAUGGAUUCAUCACGUUGAUUACAUUUUUGUAAAUUUCCUUCCAAGUUUUCACGGAAAACUCAUGACACCCUUCUUACUCAUCAGUUGCAGUUAAUUCCCAGUUAUCACUUCAAGAAAUGCAUUUUUAAGAGACUUGGGCAGUUAGGCCUGUGGCUUGAAAAGAUCAUUUUCCUGUCAUGUUGUUUAACAAUUUUACAUCAUGUUUUAAUUGGAAACAUAAUUGUAUUCCUUUAAAAUUAACUGGAAACGGCAAAAUUCUAUGAUCUCUCUUCUGUCCCCACCAGACCUUGUAUUUUUUCAUGAGAAUGAAGAAAAAAGAAGUUUUGACAACCUCCUGUAAAUUAACUGGUUUGAGGAUUGAUGCUCCAUUAUUGCAUGUUGGCAAAUCCAAACCUCGGAUGUCCAAAUCAUGGUGCAUUUAUAGAUGAAUCAUCCGUUGGCCUAGCGAGGAGGCACUCACUGGCCCAGAGUUGGGGUCUGUGCGAUUUAGGGACAGGCAGAGAGAUUUUGUGGAAGAUUAAUCAUGGCUGAAUGUAUUUCUGAGCCCAGAGCAUCACUCUGUUUUAUGCCAUUAUGCCAUUAAAGGAAUGGCUGCUUUGAGGGAUAGGAUAGAGGUUUUUGGAGAAUAUCAACACUUCUGAAACCCACCAGACAUGGUGGAAAGUCACUUUCACUUGCUAGUAUGUUCUUCACACAAUCAGAUCAUCAUUGUUAUUGUUGUUAUUAUUAAUAGUUUCCCAAAGGAGGCUAUUCCGAAUCCUCUCUCUCUCUGAGUAAAUUUGUCACCUCUUGUUUUGUCAGUGAAUCAGCCUCAUUCUGAUGGCCUCUCUCAACACGUGCAGUAAAAUGUCUGCACACACACAGCCAUGUAUAUACACAUAUUACAACAUACUCACCCUGGGAAUGAAGCUUUAGAAAUCAGCAGAAAUGAAUUAAGUGACAAACCACCUAAUUUUUUUUUAACUUAAAAAAAAAAAACUCUACAGUGCUCAGAUCUUCUAUUGUCAAAUAUUUUUUAAAAAACCAAUUUUCCAAAUACACCAGGCCUUUUUAAUGUGAAAAUCACAUUAAAGGGCAUAGUACAGAGAAAUGUAUUUGAUGUGAAAAUUGUAAAUGUUUUGUGAUUGUUGUUGUUAUUGUUGUUGUUCACAAUGAAGCUUAUGUAUAUGUGUGUGUAAAUUUUAAAUGAUAUGGUUCAGUCAAAGAAGAGAUAUUUUAAUGGAUUUGAAGCAAAUAAUAGGGCGGAAUGAGAUCAUACACUAAGUCAUAGGCUGAGAGAAUAUAGAUUUGAGGCUAAAGGAUCUUAGAGGCUAUAUAGUCUAAUACUCCUUCCAUUUUUUUAGAGCAAGAAACUGAGGCCCAGAGAUCAAGGAGUAUGCACAAGGUCUUACAGGUAAGAAGAUGCAGAGCCAGGAUUCCAAAGUAGGGAUCCUAAAACCAAUGGGGUUGAACAUCUACCACCCAGCAGAUUUUUGUAAAGAAUUUUCGGCCCCAUAUCUAAUGAUCAGGAGCUAGAUAAAAGCUCUCAUUUUUCUCACUAUUCCGCACUUGCCCUCGUUCACAUCUCUGUCAUAUCUAGGACAUGAUGACCUUUGAAUUUUACCUUCAUAUCAUCCAGAACAUGGGAACUAGAUGGAAUUUGGGUAACUGAAAAAAUUCUUGCUUACUUAUUUGUUGAAUCAAUAAAUGAAUGGACUUGAAAUGAGGAUGUCUUCUAACACUAAGUGCUAAGGAAGAUGGCUCUUGCUGGAUCUGUCUAACCCCUUCUCUAAGAGCAUAGCAAGGCUUUCUUUCCUAAAGUCAAUCAUAACGAUUGAUCAAAUUAACUUAUCUCUUUACAGAAUCUAUAUGGAAAUAAAAGCAAAAAUGCCCACAAUAAAAACGCGGGUCAGAAUUUCUCUUAAGUAGUCUUCUCGUAUUUGUUCUAGCAUUACUACUUAGGAAAAAUUUUAAAUCAUUAUGAAUUUCUUAUUAAUUUCCCUUUGAAGUUUCCAUAUGGUUGUCAUUAUUUGAAUGUUAGAUUUCUAAUAACCUAAAAUACGAUAACCCAAAAGGUUACUAACAGGAAGGGGAUUCUCUCCAAGCUCGGAAACCAGCCAUUCUUCCAUAGAAAGCCUUGUCCCACAGAGCAGCAUCUCUCUUUGCAUUCCUCUGCUGCCUAAAGAAUGAAAUCAUUUGGCCCUGCAGAGAAUGUGGGUGAAAAAAAGGGGAAAGCGAGGGGAGGAACACACCUGUUGAACAGUUUUCAUAAAGAAGGCAUUUUCAUAUCCCAAAGAAAUGGAAACCAGAUGAGUUGUCCUGCCUAUUUGAGAAAUGAAGGGCUCUCAUCGUUGUCAUCAUUAUCAUUAGUGUCAUCAUCAUCAGAUGGCUAUAGAGUUCCCCUAUGGGAUGAUGAGCCCUGAUGAAGGAUUCAUUCUUGUUUCUAUCAUGCUUUCUGAAGAAUGGCACUGUCCCUAUCAUUGUCUUCACCUUCCUAGAAUACAAUAGCAUAAAUUGAUAGAGUGCCGGACCUGUGCUAGAUGCAAGGGAUUCAAAGAUAAAAAAAAGGACUUGCCCUCCUGCCCUCAAGGAGCUUAUUUAUUUUUCAUUCAUCAUAAUUGCUCAUCAAGCUGAAAUGAAUGAAAAAAUACUGAAAAGUAGUUUCCACCAGACAAGAGUUUACAAUUUCAGAUAUAAAGCUGAUGCAGGGCACUGUUAGCCCUUGGCUAGAGUUAGAGUCAAGAGAGGGGGACCGGGAUGGGUGCUGAAAUUUUAUUGAGAUAGAGAGGUCUAAUAUGAAGCGUCCCUUGACUCUCUCUACCAGUGGAGGAAAGCACAUCUUGGGCAAUUUAUUCUCUUAAAAGAGUUGUCCAGAGUCCUGAGUUGUUGGACUUAUCCUGCACCCAUUUGUUGAUAUCUAAAGGUAUAAAAACUCUUGGACUACAAAGUAGAGAAGGAAAUACUUGAAUUCAUCCUUCUAGGAGCUGAAAAUUUAUGGUGUGCCUACUAAGAGAUGCCUAUGUAUAUAACAAAGCACAAAUUUGAAAUAUUAAUGAAUAUACAAAUGAGACUACAGAUGGAUCUAUAGAAUAAAUAAAUAUGUGUAGAUAUACAUGAAAGAGAGAGAGAGAGAGAGAGAGAGAGAGAG